UAUUGAAACUUUCUUUGCCCUAGCUUACUUAUUCAACUACCUUGAUGAGUAUAACAUCAUAACUUUGGACUGGGCUAACCUAACGUAUAGCUAUGAAUACAUAUAUAUAGCCGAAGGAUGUAAACCUGCGGGACUUGCAUUAAGUUAUUUUUUGACAAAACUAGUCGCUUUGAAGCUUAUUAUGCCUUCUAAUAUACACAUGAUAGGACAUAAUCUUGGUGCUCAUGUUCUUGGUGCAUGUGGAGCUAAUGUUUAUGAGUUGACGGGUAUGAAAAUCGGUAGAAUCACAGGUCUAAACCCGAAAGGACCCAUAUCUAUAAGUACAUGGGAUGUUUUUAUUUAUUUAAAAAAAACAUUGCAGAAGGAUGAUGCGGAUUUUGUGGAUCUGAUCCAUACGGCAAAAACUAGAAUAUUUCCUAGUACAACCGGACACGUUGAAUUUUAUCCGAACGGAGGAAAAACUCCUCAGCCAGGAUGUACUUUCAAUUAUAUUAUAAAAAAUAUGACAGGUCCUGUUAAUGAAACUCCUGAGAUAAAAAAGGUAUUCGAAU